ACAUUAACAAAUUAUCAGAAGCAGAAGCAGAAGCAGUACAUUUUCAUUCGUUCGUUCAUAGUAACUAUCAAAUCACUCAGUUAGAUCUCUACUUCAUUAUCUCUUUACUCACAGAGAGAGAGAGAGAGUGGGUGUGUCUGUGGAGGAAGAGAGAGAGAACAAGAAGAAGAUGUCAAGGAGACCAGGGGCGUGUUUGAGAUGUUGUCUGGUGAUAUUUGCAAUAGUUUCAGCUUUAGCAGUGUGUGGACCUGCCCUUUAUUGGAGAUUCAAGAAGGGUGUUUUGGUUGCUCACUCUAAAUCCUCUUGCCCUCCUUGUGUCUGUGAUUGCCCUCCUCCUCUUUCGCUUCUCAAGAUUGCUCCCGGGUUGGCCAAUCUCUCAGUCACAGAUUGUGGAAGUAGCGACCCUGAGGUCAAGAAGGAGAUGGAAAAGCAGUUUGUGGAUCUUCUGACGGAGGAGUUGAAGCUGCAAGAGUCUGUUGCUGAAGAGCACAUGCGGCAUAUGAACAUCACGUUUGGUGAAGCUAAAAGAGUGGCUUCUCUGUACCAAAGAGAGGCAGAAAAAUGCAAUGCCGCGACGGAAACCUGUGAGGAAGCUAGAGAGUGGUCUGAGGCUUUGCUGAUCCAGGAGAAGAAAGUGACUAACUUGUGGGAACAACGAGCCCGCCAAAUGGGUUGGGAAGGUGAAUAAUUCCUUGUACAAUAUAAUUUAAAAAAAGAGUUCUAUUGUUGAAUUAGUGGAUUUUUCCAUCCUUACUAUUUUAUGGAAGCAACAAGCAAAUUGCUUGAGUUGGCUUGUGAAGCCAGAGUUUCAAUCUCACACGUGUAUUCUCUUGCAGUUGUAGUAUUGUUGUUCUGGGACUGGGAUAAGAUAGUACCCAUCAAUUUUCCUUUGUAAUUGACAUGUUGUGGAUUACUCCCACCACCAUAUUUUUAUUAUAAUAUGAUCUCUAUAUACUU